AUGGUAACGCAUAAAGCAGGGGCAUUUCCCCUUUACGAAUAUUGUAACAUGACUCCUAGAAAAGCGAAGCUGUCGCAUAUAUCUUUGAUUUGUCUAGUCUUGUUCCUUUAUUCAUUUAGUAUUUGUAGGAUUCAUCUAUGGUGGCCCAAGAAAUUGAACAUAUCAUUCGUUAAACACGAGGAUUUUAGGCCAGAAUUGUUAUAUACUUAUUCAUUUGUUUCAUCAGGUGUUCGUAACAUGAAUAAUUCAUAUCCUAAUUACAUCGAAAAACCGUCUAUAAUGCCAGUCACAAAUAUUACUAAAGACAUAAAUAAAACGACAAUGACUUGUGAUGUAGAUGACAGAUACAUUGGAUGGGAGGCGUUAGGGCGAUUAGGUAAUAUAAUGUUCCAAUACGCCGCGAUAUAUAGUCUGGCGAAGGACACGGGAAAAAUUCCGACGAUAUUGGUAACAGAUGGAUAUUUAGACGGGAAAAUAUUCUCCCAUUAUUUUAAGUUAAGUCAUCGGGAAAUGCUCAAAUUGCCGAUAACUUGUGAUUACAAAGAUUCUGCUUCCACUAGAUCGAAGAGUGGAGUUAAAAAAUUCGAUCUUCCGGCAUACAAUACUUUACUAGUGGAUAAACUAGUUAUUUUGAGUCCCUUAACAGCCAUGCCAAGUCAAAUGACCGACAUUUGGUAUUCGUAUCCAUUCACGUUAGAAGAACGGACAUGUUCAAAUGGAAUAGAGAUAACCAAGGACAUUACGGGAUUGGCUUACAUGAAAAAAGCUAUAAAUUAUUUUAGGCGUUAUUUUGGCAAGGAUAACAAAUCCCAUAAAUCUUCGAAACAUCAUUUCGCGUUUAUAGCGUGUAGCGAUGAUUUAGAGUGGUCCCGCCAAAAUUUGGGAAAUAUCGACAAUAUAUAUUUUUGCCCGGGAAGUUCGCCCAUCGACGAUUUAGCCAUACUAGCAUCUUGCAAUCAUACGAUUCUAACACAAGGCACUUAUGGAUGGUGGGGAGCCUAUUUGAGAGACUUGGGAAAUGGUGGUGGCUUAACAAUUUGCCCUUCAAAUUUUCUAAAAAACUCAUCCAAUGAAUUUCAUAGAAAUUUUUCGUAUGAUAUUUAUUAUCCACAAAAUUGGAAAGGUUUGCCGAUAUGA